CGCGCCGCGCCCCGCCGGAGCUCCCCAUGAGUCUCAACGAGCACUCCAUGCAGGCGCUGUCCUGGCGGAAGCUCUACCUCAGCCGGGCCAAGCUCAAAGCCUCCAGCCGCACCUCGGCGCUGCUCUCCGGCUUCGCCAUGGUGGCCAUGGUGGAAGUCCAGCUGGACGCCGAGCACGACUACCCACCGGGGCUCCUGAUCGCCUUCAGUGCCUGCACGACGGUGCUGGUGGCCGUCCACCUCUUCGCCCUGAUGGUCAGCACCUGCAUCCUCCCAAACAUCGAGGCCGUCAGCAACGUCCACAACCUCAACUCGGUCAAGGAGUCCCCCCACGAGCGCAUGCACCGCCACAUCGAGCUAGCCUGGGCUUUCUCCACCGUCAUUGGGACCCUGCUCUUCCUGGCCGAGGUGGUCCUCCUCUGCUGGGUGAAGUUCCACCCGUUGAAGAAGAAGAACCUCAUCAUAGGCGGGAAGACCAGCAACAUCACGGAGACCGUCUCUGCCGGCGAGGCUGCCGCCAUCACCUCGACCUCCAUCAUGGUUCCCUUUGGGCUGAUUUUCAUAGUGUUUGCGGUCCACUUCUACCGGUCAUUGGUAACUCACAAGACGGACCGCCAGUUCCAGGAACUGAACGAACUGGCCGAGUUCGCGCGGCUCCAGGAUCAGCUGGACCACAGAGGCGACACCCUCCCGCCUCCGGGCAGCCAUUUUGCAUAGAUACUCAAAACUAUGAAAGUUUUUUUUUGUUUUUGUUUUUUAAAGCCAGCCCAGAUGUUUCUACUGUGUUCUGUUGACUCCCUUCUCCGUGAAUUUGGCUGGCCUGGAAAGACAGAUUAGUAGUACUGCAUCCUAGUUCUCUAGUGCUUUUUAAAAAAUAACCGUAAUGAUUCAAUGUGCUGUUCUUGCAGUAUUUCGAAGGACUGGCACCCGGAGGUUCAGGUGCCGGAGAGAGGAAUUCGGAAUCUCUCCUCCUGCUGCCUCCUGUCCUGUCGUCCAGAUCCUUGUCUUUCGACGCUGAUUCAUCAUGAGGGGAAAUGGACAUUCUGUGCUGUCAGGUUGUGGGGUGGGCCUGUGGGGAGAAGGGAGGAAGUUAGAGGUUUGUAGGGAAGUGCAGCAUUUUGCUUUGACAUGUUUAGUAACUAGCAUUUGGGGGGGGGGGUGUUUGCUUGUCAGAUUCAUGUUGCAACAGCCUGAAUGCAAACCUACUUGAGAGAAUCGAGGAGCAAUCUUUUGUUUUUGGCGUUAUCCUGGAUUUAUUAAAACCCCAGGAGACAAGUAAGAAGUGGACACAGAGCUGUGCAGGCAACAUCUCCCUGGAGGACAGAAAAGCACUUAGCCAGAAAAUUCAGUUUCCAAGUACCAUAACUUGAGAGAGAGAGAGAGAG